UAGGGAUUGAGAGAAGCGGUUUCAAGUGUCAGGUUACCUGGAAUAGUUUUUGUUUGGUAUGCUAGCAGGGCUCGGUCACAGGUCUCUGACUUUCUGAAUCAGCGCAGCUUCGAAACCCAACGCGACACAGAACUUUAUGACGGGCCUGAGGUUGCAGAGAAGCCCAAGUCAGACGCCCUUCUAGCGGGUAUCCGUUACAGUGCUGUAGAAAGACAAGAAAGAGAGGGGAGGGACACAAAAUCAAGUCAGUUUUUGAAGUUGAAGUGAGGCAAAAGAGAGGAAGGGAACGCAGCAUUUUUGGUGACCUGUGAAAUUCUCAGAGUGCUACCCCAGAGGGGAGGUUCUUUGGACACUUUAUAGGACAGACAGAUCACUGCAUCAUGUGGGCCAAUCCGUCUCCUGAAGAAAGCACAAGACCGUUGAACCCAAAGCACGUAGUGGUUCCACGGCCAGGCCGUCACAGAAGGCCCAUGACGGCUCCAAAGACUCAGAAAGAAAAGGCGUCUAAGACGAAGAAGGUGCUGUUGACGAUAGCAGCAGUUGUGGUGUUGCUGGGGAUCCUGGUCACCGCGGGAUAUUUUAUCAAGCAGCUGAUCGACAGCAAGUACUUCUUUUGCACAAAGUCGUUUAAAUUCAUUCCGUUGGAUAAAGCGUGCGAUGGAACGGACGACUGCACAGGAGGAGAAGACGAACAAACGUGCUUGUCAAGCCUCAAGGUCAACACUACCUUCCCAGUCCGUCUCAUGACCCGUCAGAGCGUCCUGCAGGUGUACAACCCCAGCUCCGGCUGGAGGAGUGUGUGUAGCGAAGGCUGGACCGAUAAGCACACACAGACGGCGUGCACGCAACUGGGAUACACCAAUAAACCACGUAGCAUCACUGUGCCGGUGAACACGUUAUUAUCGAACCUGAAAUCUGGACCAUUUACUGCACUAAGGUCAGGGACGGGAAACACGCCUGUGCACCAAGCUACAGUUGACCGGAGUGCAUGCAGAUCCGGGGCUGUGGUUUCUUUAUCCUGUUCAGACUGUGGUGAGGGAGACGCUCGGAACCGCAUUGUUGGGGGUACGGAUGCUACCAUAGAGGACUGGCCGUGGCAAGUAAGCCUGCAGCAGGGCGGCCAGCACACAUGCGGAGGCUCCCUCGUGACGCUACGUUGGGUGAUCACCGCAGCUCAUUGCUUCGCCGGCAGUAAAAAGGAGCUAAGUCGCUGGAAAGUGGUGUCGGGCCGGACCUACAUGGGUAGCUUGGGAGGUUCCUCUGUGGACAGAAUCAUCCUAAACGGAAACUAUGACCCAGCUCGCAAUGAUUAUGAUAUAGCACUCAUGAGACUUACAAGUCCAAUCACAGUAGGAGUGAGCCGGAUGCCAGUUUGUCUUCCCCCAAAAGCUUUCGACCUUCCUCCUACAGCCUCGAUGGUGGUGACCGGUUGGGGCUACCUGGAGGAAAAUGGAAUCAUCUCGUCAUCGCUGCAGAAAGCCAACAUUCCGCUCAUUGAAAGGAACAAGUGUGCCAGCCCUACUGUGUAUGGCAGCGCCAUCACCAAUAGGAUGAUCUGUGCUGGUUUUCUGGAGGGUAAAGUGGACGCAUGUCAGGGUGACAGCGGGGGGCCCUUGGUGCACUUCACCUCAUCCAAAUGGUACCUAAUUGGGGUGGUGAGCUGGGGCGUCGGCUGUGCCAGGGAGGGGCGUCCAGGCGUCUACUGCAACGUAGAGGAAAUGCUCAAUUGGAUUCACACCAUCAUUGAGAAAAACCCAUGAGCAGCUCCACUCUUGACAACCUACUGCGAGACCUAACUACACGUGGAGACGUGAUUAUCAAGUGGCUAGAGGCAAAUUUAUGCGACACAGCAAUGAGAUGCAACGAAGUGGAGCUUACUUCAGGUUAUUGUUUCUCAUGGGGCAAGUGAAACUGGGAUGCAUGGAAUUUUCACAGUAGGCUUUUUUUUCUGUGAAAAAAACAAAAAAAAAUGUUAGAUAAAUGUCUGCAGAGAUUUCAUCUAAGCAUCUGAGGUACGCCAACUGAAUAUUGUUGGGGUCAUUCCAGAAUUGGUGGUAAUUUGGGGAUAGAGUUUUGGAAAAACUGUUUUUUUACCCCCAAAAAUGAAAAAAAAAAGUACCGGUAAUGAAACAUAAUUUACUGCGAUCAGCUGGCAAUCAGUUCAGGGUGUACCCCAUCUACUGCCUGAAGAAAGCUAGGACAGACCCUCGUGAGGAUAAGCGGAUCAAAAAAUGGAUGGCUGGAUGAUAUAAUAUAUUCACCUCAUCCACCGAAAGUACCCUACCCUUUUUUAUGAGGCAUUUAAUUUGUCAAAUCACAUUUUGCUGAGCUUGCCGCAACCCUGUUACAAAUAUUCAGGCUUCUGAAAAAUAUUUUCAAUAUUAUAAAAAUAUUAAGUGUCUUUUACAAUUGCUUUACAAACAGUAACUACUACGCUCCAUUAACAGUAAAUGCUAAUGCUAAUGUUAAGCGUCAUCGCAUAAUUACUACAAUUUUAAUUACGUCUGUGAUAACACCGACAUACCAUUUCCAAAAUUAUACCCGAACCCCCCCAAACCAUUUACAAUACAUCCUGAUUUAUAUUGCGUUUUUACAACAGGUGCAGCUGUAACAAAGCGCUUCACAAAACAGUUUACAUAAGGUCAGAUAAUAAACACACAAAAAAAAAAUUGUUAAAUUGGAUAUGCAAAUUGGUCAACAAGAGGCAAAGAUGAGGGGAAUAAACACUAUUUUUGGGGGUGCUAAAGAGCUAUGUGAUAUUUUAAUUAUAAUUUGGGAAUAUCUUUUACACAAAUGUCCGGUUCUGGAAUGACCCUUAUCUUUCUUUGACUUGCUAUUUACAAUAUGUUCCGUGACUAUGAUAUCAUGCACUAUGAGAUGAUAGCUACAAAGUCUCACAUAAGGAACAAUUCAGGUUAAUGUCUUUAUUAUUGCACUGGUUGAAAUCAUUGAUGUCACAGAUUCAGUUACUCUUCAAUAAUGGGUGGAUGAAUCACUUUAGCACAUAACAGAAAAAAAAAAUCAACCAAGCACUUUAAGUCAAAAGUGAGAAUUACUUGACUGACUCAAUAAUAACUGUAUGUGUGAGUAAAUAAUACAAGUAGAGAGGAUUUGAGUUCACGGCAUCCUCACCUCAUUCUUGGUGUAUAUUAAUGUCUAUUCAGCCACGUUGUGAUAUUAGUACACCUUCAAGUUUUAAAGUCGCAGUUACACUUGUAGGCAUAAAAUCAUCCCCAAAAAAAUCAUAGUGGCUGUGGUUGAUUAAAUUAGAUAGUCAAUGUAAUAAACUGGAAGACAUUAGCAAAUAAUAAAAUGUAUGUUGACUUAAUUCCUGUAAAUAUCUUUCGAGCUGUAUUUUUUUUUUUAAUGUGAGUAAUAAAGACUUCCUUAAAUUACAAGACAGUACAGUCAAACACUUCAUUUGGUACAUACCGGGUAACUUACCUGUUACUUUCAGGCAAUCGGUUUUAUUAUUUUUUUUUUUUUACAUGUUAUGUUUUUAAAUGUCACUCUUUGAGCACUCUUAAGGUUAAAAAUAUUACUUCCUAUGAGCUGCAGAAUUUUAGUAACAACUCAACAGCACAAUGGUCACCUUCAAAAAAAAUAUAUAUAUUACAAUACUAUUAUUUUUGGUAUUCGGUUGCCAGUGGAACACCCUGACACAAUGCUAACAACGGAACAGUCUACUAUGUCAACAAUGAACAAUAAAGGAGUCAAACAA